GGCGAAAAUCGGCGGAGUGAUUGCUCCCGUUGAGCGGCACAAUGUAUACAAAGCAUUUUCCGACUCAACACCUAAGGUGAAUUUUCCCAUGUAUGAAGGAGCAUGUGCGAUUCAAGUCGCCUGCCGCGACAAAAAGUCAACAGGACAUGCGCGUAGUACUUCGUACAUAAGGGAGUAGCAGCCGGAGGGGUCUCAAUGUUCAACCACCGAAGAUGCCCCGUAGCCUGCCCCACAAGAACCCACCGUCCGGUCGAGGCUGUUCCCGCGAAUUUUCGGUGCUGGAGACUGGUUGAUUAGAUUCAGGAGACGACGGCAGGACGGCAAAUGGUCCUGUCUGUACCGUAGGUUGGUAGGAUCUCGUUGCACUAUCCACUUGUUAGACGGGUCUUGCUUGAUACUGAUAUGCCGCUACAGUAAUCGCAAUGUCAAUGGAUAGACACAUCUGAUCUAUCUGGUCUGGUGCAUUUCCCAUUGGUUAUUUUCCCUGGUUUCAUUUUAUAAUUUUCAUGUUUUUUUUCUUCUUCUCGCUGUCUGUUGCAUGAUCAAAUCCAACCCAUUCGAAAUUUUCUGGCCCACCCAAGCAAACAUUUUCGUACCACCCAGACCCAGCAACAUCAGUAAAAAAGGAAUAAAAAAAAUAAAAAAAUAAAAAAAAGGGGAUCGUUGGCAUCGUAACACCGCCCACAUCGAAUAUUUGUCAAUAUUAUCAGCCACGUACUUGCACUACAGAUCUGACAAAACCUCCUUGUUACAGCCGCACAUGUACCGCGCAACACCACCUGUGCCAAUUCAAGAAAUUGCACUACUCCCCGAGACAGACCAAGGUCUCCGGGGGUAACGUCGCACGUUGUAUCUCACGGCUGGCUGUCAUCUGGACUUGGAAUAUCGUUCCACUUUAUUGUAUUUUGCUGGGUUUGGCCUCAUCUGGGGAGCCUUGGGCUGUAAAAGCGAAAAGAAAGUAGAAGGGGAAAGACGAACAAAAGUAAAAAAGAAAAGAAAACAAAAUGGACACAGAAACCAGCUCAUCAACGUCCAAACUGGCAGAAGCUGCAGCCCUGCUGGUGCCAGCCCAGGAAAUUCUCGAAAAGUUCAACUACAAGCACAAGAACCAGCAUCGUCUGUCGAAAUGGUGGGCCGGCUUCGAUAUGCUCCGCCGCCACACUGCCAAGUUCUACCGCGAUGAGCUACGGCUGGCCCUGGAUGCAUUGACCAAGCGUAGCUCGAUGCCUCAAAGCAGCAAAAAGAAACAGAGCAAGCGACAACGGACCGAGCCGCGCGAUGAGGACAUCACGGCCGGUGCCGUGGCCAAGGCCAAAUGGAUGGACGACUACCUCAUCCCCAAGGCAUACACCGCCAUCACCCAGCUGGCUGCGGAUAAUCAGUUCGCUCCGCUGGGCCUCCUCCUCCUCGGCGUGCUGGCUCAGGUGCACAGCGCCGUGUCCCUUCUGCUACCACUAGACAGCGCAGAGCAAGAGUCUGAAGUGACCGCAGCGGCAGAGGGUAAAGAAAUCGACAUGGGUGUCGCGGUGCCCAGGCAAGAGCAAAGCAGUCAAGAUCACCCGUCUCCUCGCUUACAGGCGGGUGCUUCAAAAUCCCCAGACGAGCUCGGAGAGGCAGUGACGCGGGACAGUUUCGACGCGCGGGAACGGGACUCGGCCAGGCCAAAAGCGGUCGACGAUUACAUGGACGCUGUAGAGAAGAGCGUCGUCGGACGCAAGCCGCCAUCAAAAAAGGAAAGUGGUAAACGUAGAAAGGAAUUUGCGGUCACGUCAGACUUGGGCGGGCCAUCAGCUGGGGAUCUGUCAGCCAAAUCGAGGUCGGCGGACGAAGAGAAACCCAGGCGCAAGAGCAAGACGGCACGAACAGAAUUGGACGUGGAACCAACAGAAAAGCCAAAGAAAAAGAAGAAGAGAAAGAAGGGUGACGAGUUUGAUGACUUGUUCAGCUCGUUAAUGUAAACCAGGUCAAAUCAAAGCAUAAAGGUAUUAUAAAGGAGCCUAUCAGGGCCAGUGAUAACGCCUCCCAACCUGUCAUGAACAAAUCGAUGUGGUGACA